AUGACAGGUUGCAAAUCACAUCCUCUUGAAGGUGACAAAUUACAAUACAACCAGUCUAAGCCCUCUUCAACAGAUAUCUCUUAUGAUACAGGUCACUGGAUACAGCAGCUGGUCUACAGUAAUUGUCAUGACGUUGUCUGUAUACGUGAAACCUGGUUGAACGAUUCAGUUAUGUCAUCAGAAAUCCUAACUGGCUAUAACAUUUAUCACAAAGACAGGCUUGGAAGGACUGGUGGAGGCGUUUUAAUUGCUGUGAAGUCUGACAUUAGGUCCACUCAUCAACAAGACCUUGAGAGAGACAAUGUUGAACUUGCUGUUGUUGAACUGAUUAAGGAUAACAAUAAGUCAGUUAUUCUCUAUACUGUUUACCAUCCCAAACCUGGACCAGAAGACUUGCACAAGCUUAAUUUGUCUCUACAAGGAACUCCUGAAUCAGUGUGUGUCGUAGUUGUUGGUGACUUUAACCUUCCCUCUCUAACUUGGUCACCUGAUGAAUCCGCCCCUACUAAUGUUGGCGGGUCUCAGGAGGACAAUGAAUUCUGCAUCCUAACAAAAGAUAACUUCCUCAUUCAAUUUAUUAAAGGCCCUACGCAUAUAGCAGGAAACAAACUCGACUUGAUCACUACCUAG